AUGACGAGCAAUAACACACAUUACUACGACGACAGCCAGCCACCACAGUACUACCAGGGCACUGACAACUUCGAGGGGGACGAGGAAGACGAGAUGCCGGCUACGGAGAAGGAUCUUGCCGAGGAUGCACCAUGGAAGAAAAUCCAGCAGAACACCUUUACAAGGUGGUGCAACGAGCACCUCAAGUGCGUCAACAAGACCGUGACAGACCUCCAGAAGGAUUUUGGCGACGGUUUAAAGCUCAUUGGGCUCCUGGAAGUUCUGAGCCAGAAAAAGAUGUACAAAAAGCACCACACCAGACCCAACUUCCGACAGAUGAAACUGGAAAAUGUGUCCGUCGCUCUGGAAUUUUUGGACAGGGAACACAUCAAGUUGGUGUCUAUUGGUAAGUGAUAAGUGAGCGUUUGGGCUGGAAUGUUUUUAAUUAAUCUUUGAGAGAGAGAGAGAGGGGAAAGGGGAGGAUGAAAGUCCAGUGCAUCAUCUGGAGAGGCCAGACAGUACAGAGCAGCACAUUAUUUUGACAAAAUGUUACAAAAUUAUAGCUUUUUAAAAACGUUUUACUCGUACAUGAAUCCGUUAAUUAUUAAUUAAUGAAUACAUUGUAAAUUAGUUAUUGACUGUCAGUGUCAUUUCUUUGCGCUUGCCUUAUGAUGAUAUCAUAUGUUGGGUGACGCAUACACAUAACCCUCUGUGAUGAAUACACAUAACCCUAUGUGAUGAAUACACAUAACCCUCUGUGAUGAAUACACAUAACCCUCUGUGAUGAAUACACAUAACCCUCUGUGAUGACUACACAUAACCCUCUGUGAUGAAUACACAUAACCCUCUGUGAUGAAUACACAUAACCCUCUGUGAUGACUACACAUAACCCUCUGUGAUGACUACACAUAACCCUCUGUGAUGAAUACACAUAACCCUCUGUGAUGACUACACAUAACCCUCUGUGAUGACUACACAUAACCCUCUGUGAUGACUACACAUAACCCUCUGUGAUGAAUACACAUAACCCUCUGUGAUGACUACACAUAACCCUCUGUGAUGAAUACACAUAACCCUCUGUGAUGAAUACACAUAACCCUCUGUGAUGACUACACAUAACCCUCUGUGAUGAAUACACAUAACCCUCUGUGAUGACUACACAUAACCCUGAGUCUAAACAUCCAGCUACAGUAUUAUGACACCUCUGUAAACCCAGCUUGGCAGGUGCUCUAUUGUCUGAUGCACGGCUUUCUCAAAGUGGGCAUGGGUCAGCCGUCUCUCUGGAAACUCUCACAGCAGAGGUGCCAUGUCACGGCAAAGGCAAGCCGUCCACCCUGGACUCUCAUGUCAAUCUGCAGUGUUUUACUCAAACUAUUGCAGUGGCACUGUCAGGCUUGGCUCUGCGAUCUGCUGGGUGGAAAUUCACUAGGACUGUGUUAAUGAGAAAGACACACACGCACACACACACACACACACACGCACAUCACACCCAUCUCACUCCACAAACACUCCACACCUCAUAAUCACACCAGUUAAAGGUCAGAAGGGUCAUGCCAGGACUUAGUCAGAGGGAGAGGUAAGGGGGUUUAUGCCGACAGCCACUAACUCCUCACCCAUUAGUCCCCGGUCCCAGACAUGUUAGGACUGUAAGACAAUUCUUAUGGUCAUUGUCAUGUCAUUGUGACUGUCUGGCUAGCCUGGUCCCAGAUUUCCUACGGCCGUUUAUUUGGCUACAUAGCCCAUACAGACAAGCUUAACAGUAGGUGCACGGUUAUCCUCUGGGAUCCCUCUGUUAGUGUGUGGAGGUGAGGGUUAGGCUGGCUGAGGGCAUGUGUCCUGGUUUGGGAUAAGAGUGAUACGCAUGGUGCUAUUGUCUCCACAGAGGUAGCUAAGCCCUGGGAGGAGUAAUUUAGUUAUAGAUAGCUGGACCCUGACCCCUGGACAUUGGACUCCCUUCCUUCAGGGAUUUAGAUGGAGAGAGGUAGAUUUAGCAUAGCAGAGUCUGUAGGUCUAUGUGUGUGUGUGAGGUAGGAGGGGACUGGACAUGCUGUAGGGACAUAUUGACAUGUUGUCACAGUCAUAGAAGUACAUCUAAGUAGAUCUGGAUAGACCCAUGACUUUGGUGAUUGUUGCUACGGUGUCUAAGAACAGUAGAAACUCCUGAAGCACCGUUUAUUUCAUUUCUCUGAAAGUUUCUAAUUUGUCUAGUUUAUGUACAGUAUGUUUGUUCAGUGUGUUUACUUAACCAUCUCAUCAUUAAGGGUUUGGACUAGAGAAGAGAAACCUAGCUAGUGUUUUCCAGCCUCAUAUUUCACUAAAAAAGAAGGGUUAUUAAACACCUGACUGUGUGUCCCUCUGCCGUGCUGACUGAUUACUCUCCCCACACGGCCUGGUGAAAUUCCCGGUGUGAGCGCCGCUUUGAGCAGGGGGUUGUGAAGGGCACAGCGUGCGUGUGUCAUGUGUGAACUCUCUUCAGCUAUCGACCUCACGCCUAAGGAAUGUCCCAAGGUUCCGCAGUGUAGUGUCCGUAAAGAGGUUAGGGGUCAUACACCCAAUGCCCAAGGUCCGUGUGUGGGUUGGGGAGUGACAGGCGGAGAAGGUAUCCCCGCGACCUUGUCAGCUUUGACAGAAACAAGGACAUGAUAAUGGUGGCGCUGUCAUUCCUCUCCUGACGCCUGCUGCCUGUCGAGUCUCAGACACAGCAACACCAAGCUCUGGGUGAACAGUGAACAACACAACACACAGUGAACACAAAUCUAACUAAAUUAAUUUAUACUGAGGAACGAGGAUACUAAAAACCACCUGUCUCACUGGCACACACUGUUUGUCAGAUGACCGCUUGACCACAUGGCCCACAGCUGUCCACAAAGCCUGAGAUGGCAUUAUUAUUAAAACCACAUCAAGCCAUGCAGCAGCCCCCCCCCCCCCCCCCCCAGCCAAACCACACCACGCCACACCACCUGCCCAUGCCAGUCAGUCUAAUGGUCAAACAGUCAUCAAGCAGCACUGUAGUGUCCAGCACCAGAGGUCGCUGAACCAGAGUAGAAUAUAUAGAUUCUAGACUCAGAGAUAGACAGCUCACAUGACCAGCCUCUCCACUUACUAGAACUGUUGUUAAGCAGCUUCUAUCUUUCUGUCCAAUGAGGUCAUAUCUUGGGCAAAAUUUAUGUCCAAAAAGUUUAGCAUUUAAGUCUAUGGAAUGUAUUAUUACACAAGGUUUUGGUACACUUUAUCCUGUCCAGUUUAGUGUGUACUCUAAACCAAUGAAGGAUGUUAUCAUGUUACUGUUUGGUUUACGUUGAGAUUAGAACUCUUAAGAAUACACUGUUUGGUUUAAGUUAUGACUGCCUCGCCUGGUUCACCAACUACUUCUCAGAUAGAGUUCAAUGUGUCAAAUCGGAGGGCCUGUUGUCUGGACCUCUGGCAGUCUCUAUGGGGGUGCCACAGGGUUCAAUUCUUGGGCCGACUCUUUUCUCUGUGUAUAUCAAUGAUGUCGCUCUUGCUGCUGGUGACUCUCAGAUCCACCUCUACGCAGACGACACCAUUUUGUAUACAUCUGGCCCUUCAUUGGACACUGUGUUAACAAACCUCCAAACGAGCUUCAAUGCCAUACAACACUCCUUCAAUAGCCUCCAACUGCUCUUAAACACUAGUAAAACUAAAUGCAUGCUCUUCAAUCGAACGCUGCUGGCACCCGCCCACCCGACUAGAAUCACUACUCUCGACGGGUCUGACCUAGAGUAUGUGGACAACUACAAAUACCUAGGUGUCUGGUUAGACUGUAAACUCUCCUUCCAGACUCACAUUAAGCAUCUCCAAUCCAAAGUUAAAUCUAGAAUCGGCUUCCUAUUUCGCAACAAAGCCUCCUUCACUCAUGCUGCCGAACAUGCCCUCGUAAAACUGACUAUCCUACCGAUCCUUGACUUCGGCGAUGUCAUUUACAAAAUAGCCUCCAACACUCUACUAAGCAAAUUGGAUGUAGUCUAUCACAGUGCCAUCCGUUUUGUCACCAAAGCCCCAUAUACUACCCACCACUGUGACCUGUACGCUCUUGUUGGCUGGUCCUUCACUACAUGUUCGUCGUCAAACCCAUUGGCUCCAGCCAUCUAUAAAUCACUGCUAGGCAAAUCCCCGCCUUAUCUUAGCUCAUUGGUCACCAUAGCAGCACCCACCUGUAGUCUGCGCUCCAGCAGGUAUAUCUCACUGGUCAUCCCCAAAGCCAGCAUCUCCUUUGGCCGCCAUUCCUUCCAGUUCUCUGCUGCCAAUGACUGGAACGAAUUGCAAAAAUCUCUGAAGCUGGAGACUCUUAUCUCCCUCACUAACUUUAAGCAUCAGUUGUCAGAGCACCUUACCGAUCACUGCACCUGUACACAGCCCAUCUGAAAUUAGCCCACCCAACUACCUCAUCCCUAUAUUGUUAUUUAUUUUGCUCUUUUGCACCCCAGUAUCUCUAUUUGCACAUAAUCUCUUGCACAUCUAUCAUUCCAGUGUUAAUACUAAUUGUAAUUAUUUUGCACUAUAGCCUAUUUAUUGCCUUACCUCCAUAACUUGCUACAUUUGCACACACUGUAUAUAUAUUUUCUGUUGUAUUUUUUGACUUUAUGUUUUUUUACCCCAUAUGUAACUCUGUGUUGUUGUUUUUAUCACACUGCUUUGCUUUAUCUUGGCCAGGUCGCAGUUGUAAAUGAGAACUUGUUCUCAACUGGCUUACCUGGUUAAAUAAAGGUGAAAUAUAAAAUAAAAAAUAAUAAUAAGAUGACUACUCUAAGAACAAACUGUUUGGUUUAAGUUGAGAUGACUACUCUAAGAACAAACUGUUUGGUUUAAGUUGAGAUGACUACUCUAAGAAUACACUAUUUGGUUUAAGUUGAGAUGACUACUCUAAGAAUACACUAUUUGGUUUAAGUUGAGAUGACUACUCUAAGAAUACACUAUUUGGUUUAAGUUGAGAUGACUACUCUAAGAAUACACUAUUUGGUUUAAGUUGAGAUGACUACUCUAAGAAUACACUAUUUGGUUUAAGUUGAGAUGACUACUCUAAGAAUACACUAUUUGGUGUAAGUUGAGAUGACUACUCUAAAAAUACACUAUUUGGUUUAAGUUGAGAUGACUACUCUAAGAAUACACUGGUUUUUAGAUAUACUUUGUUGUCUGCUACUUACUGCAUCUUCAUUGAUUUAUCUCAUACUGAAGGUAAAUGCUUUUAAAGCGCUUUCAAAGCAAUUGAAAUCCAAGUGCUGUUGACUUAGUAAAGAUUCCAUUUCAACAUAUGUUGUCAGCUGUUGAGCUGUUCUUGUCCCUGCUGUCUGUCUGUCUGUCUGUGGAAUACCACGGAUACUCGGUCACUCUCCUGACCAGUCAGUUAUUGUGUAGCCUAGUACCUGUAGUGAAAUGUAACCCCCUCUUGAGGACAUUAUCAGACCCAAAACACAUUGGAUUUCCCUCUUGUGUCCUGUUUCCUCCUCCUCUCUCUCUCUCUCUCUCCUAGCUAUCUAGAUAGAGGCGACGGAGAGAGAGAGAUCUCUAUCUCUCCCUAUUCUUCCUCUACUCUCUCCUCGUCUCUUUCUCUCUCUCUCUCUCUCUCUCUCUCUCUCUCUCUCUCUUCUCCUCUCUCUCUCUCUCUCCUCUCUCUCUCUCUCUCUCCUCUCACUCUCUACACUUAAGGCCAUAACAUGGAUAGUAGGAACCUAAAUCUGACCCUUGAUCUGUAUUCCUCUCCCCUCCAGACUCCAAGGCCAUCGUGGACGGUAACCUGAAGCUGAUCCUAGGUCUGAUCUGGACUCUGAUCCUGCACUACUCCAUCUCCAUGCCCAUGUGGGAGGACGAGGACGAUGAGGAGGCUAAGAAACUGACCCCCAAGCAGAGGCUGCUGGGAUGGAUCCAGAACAAGGUGCCUGAGCUGCCCAUCAACAACUUCCACCGCGACUGGAGGGACGGCAAGGCCCUGGGAGCCCUGGUAGACAACUGUGCCCCUGGUAAGAACUGAUUUAGUAACAGUUUAACUAGCUGUGGUGGUUGGGAGGCUUGGAACUGACUCAGGAACAGUUUAGUGUGAGGCCCUGGGAGCCCUGGUAGACAACUGUGCCCCUGGUAAGAACUGAUUUAGUAACAGUUUAACUAGCUGUGGUGGUUGAGAGGCUUGGAACUGACUCAGGAACAGUUUAGUGUGAGGCCCUGGGAGCCCUGGUAGACAACUGUGCCCUGGUAAGAACUGAUUUAGUAACAGUUUAACUAGCUGUGGUGGUUGGGAGGCUUGGAACUGACUCAGGAAGAGUUUAGUGUGAGGCCCUGGUAGACAACUGUGCCCCUGGUAAGUUAAUGUGAAUUUCUUGUUGCCGGUAUGUUUACUGUGUGGUGUUCGGGAGCUUGGAUUACUUUGAAUCAGGCAAGCAAAUUACUGUGUGAGAGGCCGGGUCAGCAUGUUACUGUGGUAAUGUCAGGAGUCGCUAUAUUCAUUGUGAUGCCGGAGUCACUAUGAUACUCUCUGAGAGGCAUUCCAUGGAGUUACUGUGGUGAGAGGUCAGGAGUCAGCUAUGAGUUACUGUGGUGAGAUGUCAGGAGUCAGCUAUGAGUUACUGUGGUGAGAUGUUUAGGGUCAGCUAUGAGUUACUGUGGUGAGAGGUCAGGGUCAGCUAUGAGUUACUGUGGUGAGAGGUCAGGGUCAGCUAUGAGUUACUGUGGUGAGAUGUUAGGGUCAGCUAUGAGUUACUGUGGUGAGAUGUUAGGGUCAGCUAUGAGUUACGUGGUGAGAUGUUAAGAGGUCAGCUAUGAGUUACUGUGGUGAGAGGUCAGGGUCAGCUAUGAGUUACUUGUGGUGAGAUGUUAGGGUCAGCUAUGAGUUACUGUGGUGAGAUGUUAGGGUCAGCUAUGAGUUACUGUGGUGAGAUGUCAGGGUCAGCUAUGAGUUACUGUGGUGAGAGGUCAGGGUCAGCUAUGAGUUACUGUGGUGAGAUGUCUAGGGUCAGCUAUGAGUUACUGUGGUGAGAUGUUAGGGUCAGCUAUGAGUUACUGUGGUGAGAUGUUAGGGUCAGCUAUGAGUUACUGUGGUGAGAUGUUAGGGUCAGCUAUGAGUUACUGUGGUGAGAUGUAGGGUCAGCUAUGAGUUACUGUGGUGAGAUGUCAGGAGUCAGCUAUGAGUUACUGUGGUGAGAUGUCAGGAGUCAGCUAUGAGUUACAGUGGUGAGAGGUCAGGAGUCAGCUAUGAGUUACUGUGGUGAGAUGUCAGGAGUCAGCUAUGAGUUACUGUGGUGAGAUGUCAGGAGUCAGCUAUGAGUUACUGUGGUGAGAGGUCAGGGUCAGCUAUGAGUUACUGUGGUGAGAUGUUAGGGUCAGCUAUGAGUCAGUUGUUGUAUUUGAUAUGGUAUCAUGGUAUCAUUUACACAGCCUGGCAGGGUCAGUAGGCCUCAGUGGUCCUGUUGAGCCAGAGAGAGAGACAGAGAGAGACACAUAUAGACAGACAGAUAGACAGACAGACAGACAGACAGACAGACAGACAGACAGACAGACAGACAGAGAGAGAGAGAGAGAGAGCGCGAGAGAUAGAGAGAGAGAGAGAGAGAGAGAGAGAGAGAGAGAUGGAGAAAGAGAGAGAGAGAGAGAGAGAGAGAGAAGAGAAGAGACAGACAGACAGACAGACAGACAGAGGACGUCCCUGCCAGCUGUUUCUGACUAAGCGAAGCAGCUCUCUCAGGCCCAGAGGACGUAAGCCUGGCUUUAGUGUUUAUAGCCUCCCACACAAGACCCCCAAAUUUGGGCACGAUUCCUCUUCAUCUGCCAAGGGACAUGCGCUUAGAUGCUUGGCAGAGCUUUAAAAACAGCAUGUUCUGUGCUGGAGAUGGAUGGCAUGAGGAUGAGCUUUGGCGCAGGAGUGCCAAGAUUCACAAGGAUGACUCGUUGACUUGAAAGGACUCCAGUUUGACCAGAGGUUACAGCACACUCUGACCCUCUGGCACGCAGCCUUAGAAAGACUCCUUUUUGAGUUCUAGAACAGAAAGAGUCUAGAACACUGCGGUUGACUGUUUACAUGGCUAGAUCCUGGGAUGUGUUACGGCAGUUCUCCAACACCCGGCGAGCUACAGAUGAUGUGACCAUACAAGGCCAUGGCUCUCAAUUCAACACCUAAUAGCAUUUAGAGAGAUGACUAAUAUGGCUCCAGUCCAAUCCUUAGUUAGGCUUAUGUAGUUAGUUAGGCAUUACUGUAGACUGGACUGACUGCGUGUAGGUUUAUUUGGAGAUAGUAGGUGUACAACAAGAAGUGUCAUCCUUUCCUUUGUUUGACACUAUUUCUCCUGUAUCCCUGACGAUAAUCUUCUGUGUCCAAUUGAAAUGUAAUAAAGCUCUGAAAUAUUAUAUUUUGGGGUGGAGGAGACCAGGCUUAAGUCCAAAGCUGAAAUCACCUGAAACUUGAAACACAGAAUGUUCUACUUCCACAGUAGUUCUACUGUCAUAAUGCAUUGCUUUCAGAAGACCCGUCCUUACUCCACCCAACCGUUGGUUACUUUGUAAUCAUAAUGUUAUUGUCAGUGACAGUGAAUAACCAUGAUAUGAUGCAAACAGACCCGUUGUUUAAAGUUGCCAUAGUAAUGUUACAGUAAUGUUACACAGCAGCAGUGUCAGUAAUAACAAGAUAACAGAGUCCUGUUGAGCUCUUGGCUCUUUGUGUCAAUGAACUCACUGCACAGCUAACCGCUAAUCCACUUUAAGCAUUAGCAGCACAAGGCAGUUUGGCACAUAGAAAUACAACCACACUCCGGUCCACCCGUCACCGACCCAUUGGCUGGAAUGGGAAUGCUCGUUCUAGGAAGUCUAUUUCCUUGGUUUAGACUGUCUGCUUUAGCCCUCAGUGUCCGACAGGGAAAGUACAAAUACGUCUGUUGCUUUCGUUGUUUUGAAAUCGAAGCCCUUCCAUCGAAGACUAGCUACACACCUAUCUAUACAAACUGGAGCAGAGCAGCGUGGGUAAAUACAGGGUCACAUGGGGGUGGUAGAGUGUUAGUAGCAGUUAGUAGUAGUUAGUAGUAGUUAGUAGUAGGGUAGUAGUAGUUAGUAGUAGGGUAGUAGUGAUGAAGUUGUUUCUGUGACUAGAUGGGACACUGUUAUAUAACUGUACUGCCGUAACCCCAAUCCCAUUCUAAAACCCCUGUCUGUCCCUCCCUCCUUCCUCCCCCCCACUCUCUCUCCCGUCUCUUCCCUUUCUCUCUCUCUCUCUUCUCUCUCUCUCUCUCUGUAGGUCUGUGCCCUGACUGGAAGGCCUGGGACCCUAACCAGCCUGUGGAGAAUGCCAGAGAGGCCAUGCAGCAGGCUGAUGACUGGCUGGGCGUGCCCCAGGUAAGACACACUACUCUGGGGUGACACAUCCAGAGAAAGCCCCUUUGAUUUGAUUUGAUUGGGGGAAAAAGCCACACGUAGUGGAGCGAGUGAAUGAGGUGUAACAGAUGUUUUGGUUGGGGAUAAUAUGCACUGAGAGGCAAUGGUUCUUUAUACUACUAUGUAUUACUUUUGGUUUAGUAUUCAGUGAACUCUUUAACUUGUGGCGCAGCGGUCUAAGGCACUGCAUCUCAGUGGUCUAAGGCACUGCAUCUCAGUGGUCUAGGGCACUGCAUCUCAGCGGUCUAAGGCACUGCAUCUCAGUGGUCUAGGGCACUGCAUCUCAGUGGUCUAGGGCACUGCAUCUCAGUGGUCUAAGGCACUGCAUCUCAGGCACUGCAUCUAAGGCACUGCAUCUCAGCGGUCUAAGGCACUGCAUCUCAGUGGUCUAGGGCACUGCAUCUCAGUGGUCUAAGGCACUGCAUCUCAGUGGUCUAGGGCACUGCAUCUCAGCGGUCUAAGGCACUGCAUCUCAGUGGUCUAAGGCACUGCAUCUCAGCGGUCUAAGGCACUGCAUCUCAGUGGUCUAGGGCACUGCAUCUCAGCGGUCUAAGGCACUGCAUCUCAGCGGUCUAAGGCACUGCAUCUCAGCGGUCUAAGGCACUGCAUCUCAGCGGUCUAAGGCACUGCAUCUCAGUGGUCUAAGGCACUGCAUCUCAGUGGUCUAAGGCACUGCAUCUCAGCGGUCUAAGGCACUGCAUCUCAGCGGUAUAAGGCACUGCAUCUCAGUGGUCUAAGGCACUGCAUCUCAGCGGUCUAAGGCACUGCAUCUCAGUGCUUGAGGCGUCACUACAGACCCCCUGGUUCGAUUCCAGGCUGUAUCACAACCGACCAUGAUUGGGAGUCCCAUAGGGCGGCGCACAAUUGGCCCAGCGUCGUCCGGGUUUGGCCAGUGUAGGCCGUCAGUGUAAAUAAUAAGUUGUUCUUAACUGACUUGCCUAGUUAAAUAAAGGUUCAAUAAAAAAAAACAUUCAAUACUAAGAUGCUGAAGUGUAGAUUUGCUAGAUUAUCUUCUGGAACUGAAUCUGUGAGCUGUACUGGGUGUUUCUCUACCUGUCUACUUAUUUAUCUGACACAGCGUGCAUAGUCUGGGUUAAACACAGCCAUUAGUGACAAGGCAUAGUCUGGGUUAAACACAACCAUUAGUGACAAGGCAUAGUCUGGGUUAAACACAGCCAUUAAUGACAUGGCAUAGUCUGGGUUAAACACAGCCAUUAGUGACAAGGCAUAGUCUGGGUUAAACACAACCAUUAGUGACAUGGCAUAGUCUGGGUUAAACACAGCCAUUAGUGACAAGGCAUAGUCUGGGUUAAACACAGCCAUUAGUGACAAGGCAUAGUCCUGGGUUAAACACAGCCAUUAGUGACAAGGCAUAGUCUGGGUUAAACACAACCAUUAGUGACAAGGCAUAGUCUGGGUUAAACACAACCAUUAGUGACAAGGCAUAGUCUGGGUUAAACACAGCCAUUAGUGACAUGGCAUAGUCUGGGUUAAACACAGCCAUUAGUGACAAGGCAUAGUCUGGGUUAAACACAGCCAUUAGUGACAAGGCAUAGUCUGGGUUAAACACAGCCAUUAGUGACAAGGCAUAGUCUGGGUUAAACACAGCCAUUAGUGACAAGGCAUAGUCUGGGUUAAACACAACCAUUAGUGACAUGGCAUAGUCUGGGUUAAACACAGCCAUUAGUGGCAUGGCAUAGUCUGGGUUAAGCACAGCCAUUAGUGACAAGGCAUAGGGUGUAUAUUGAGUAGGGGGUGUUUCAUGGAGGGCUGAAGGCUUUAUCAUGGGCUGUAAACGAGCUGUGAGAGAGGGCUUGGCUCGGGGCUAAAUCCCCUGACUGCAUGGCUUACUGAGGCCACAGUCCUUAACCCUGCUGUACCCGGGUUAAAUAUAGACAGACAGCUUUACACCAGACUGUGAUACGACCAACAUGGCAGAGGGAGGGAGGGAGGGAGAGGAGGAGGAGGGAGACAAUGGAAUAGAAUAGAUUAUAAUUAAUAUAAUAAUAAGCCAUUUAGCAGAAGCUUUUAUGCAAAGCAACUUACAGUCAUGUGCGCAUACAUUUUUACGUAUGGGUGGUCCCGGGGAUCGAACCCACUACCCUGGCGUUACAAGCGCCAUGCUCUACCAAUUGAGCUACAGAGGACCACAAUGCAGAGUAUCCAUGCAAUGUGCCUUCACAUUGGUAUACAGAACAAACAAUAAAUAAAUGUAUAUCUGUCUGUCUGUAUGUUAUGUCUAUGUCCUCAAACUAACUUCUAACUUUUGCCAAGUAGACCAACUAAAUACUAGGCCUGCUAAGUCCUUUAGUCCUGUCUCCAUUGCUUAAAGACUAUUUAUACUAAAGACCAGAUAUAAAAAAAAUAUAUUAAAAAAAAUAUGCCAUUUAGCAGACGCUUUUAUCCAAAGCGACUUACAGUCAUGCGUGCAUACAUUUUUGUGUAUGGGUGGUCCCGGGGAUCGAACCCACUACCUUGGCGUUACAAGCGCCGUGCUCUACCAGCUGAGCUACAGAGGACCACGAUAUCAAGGGUGAAAACAGUUGUGCUAUGACCUCUGGGUUUAAGUCAAGUUAGACAAUUGUGGUUGUACAGUAUUAACCCUUAACCUUACACCCCCUGCUUGUUGCCUAGGUGAUCGCCCCUGAGGAGAUUGUAGAUCCCGAUGUGGAUGAACACUCGGUGAUGACCUAUCUGUCCCAGUUCCCCAAGGCCAAGCUGAAGCCUGGCGCUCCCCUCAAACCCAAAGGCACUCAGCUGUACCCCAACAAGGCCAAGGCAUACGGACCUGGUGGGUGCUCACUGGAAUGGAAACCAUAAACAGUGUAGUUGGAUCAGGACUAGGGUUGCAAAAUUCCGGAAACUUUCCAAAAAAUCCCCAGGUUUCUCAGGAAUCUCGGUUACAGGAUUCUCGGAAUCAGGAGGCAAUAAGCAGUGAAGGAAACCUCCAACCAGGAUUUCAGAAAAACCCCCAGGAACUUUGAGAAAGUUUCUCGAUAUUUGCAACCCUAGCAAGCAAGUGAUAAGCAUAAUUAUUGUUUUAUAUACAUAGACUCAAACAUAUCUAACUCUAUCUCCCACUCCCUCCCAUAGGUAUUGA